AUGACGGCCGAAGUCGACGCGUCGGACGCGGCCAUGGCGUCGCCCACGAGCUCCGGCAGUACGGGCGUCGAGUCGCUGCGGCUGUCGGAGAUCGAGAGCGCGCAUUUGUGCCCUGCAGGGCGCAUGAAGAUGGAAGAGCUCUUCCGCCAGUGGCUCAACGUCGACGGCACGAAAGAGCUGAUCCAGAAGAUGGUGGCGGACCUGCGACAGGGCAAAGAGCUGAACCUCGAGACGCUGCUGGCGACCGUGACGGCCACGGGCAGCAGCGGACUGGACGCGGCCGCGUGCAGCCCCAAGCGGCCACCGAAUUACCAGCAGCUCGGCCUGCUGAGCGCCAGUGCAGGCGGCAGUCCCAGUGCUCGGAGACGCCACCAGCACCUCGUCAGCCUCUUUGGCGACGAGCUGCACAACGUUGCGGCCGUGAUGGCAGCGGCAGUAGCAGAGACAGAUGCAGCUACGACGGAGGAGGACAACACGGGAGUAGCUGUGGGGGUGCCGUUGCUGGUGUCGGAGGAUGUGGACAUGACUGGCGACGACAGCGAAGCGUCGGGUGGUGGAGAGUGUGGUGGCGAAUCUAUUGGGGAGACACUGGUGUUGAACGAGGGAGACGCUGAGGAAGCGACGGGGCUGGCGCUACCGGUGGAUGCAGACGAGAAAAUGGAGGACGAACAGGAGUCGCAGGACGUGGAUACAGGGACGGAGGACGAAGAACUUGCAGUGAGUGACCCAGAUUAUCCCAUGUGUGAAGAGCCAGCCAAGCAGGUUCAGAUUCCCAGGUUCUAUGUGCCAGGCGAAGGUCGACGCGGUCGACUGCGCGGUCUGUCUACGGACGCCAUGGCGCGCAAAGUCUCGGACAUUGAAGCGCGGUUUCGUGAGUUCCCAGAAGGCAUGAAAGUCGAGGAUUUUGUGGCCAUUACCAAGGACCUCUGCGGCUUUCCUUCGUUUUUCAAUGCGCCGUUUUUUCGACGUAUUCUAGCAACUAGCGACGAUGCAGGAGAGACAAUGCUGAAGCCUCCCUCGAGUCCAGCUGCAGCAGAGGAUGCGUCUAGCCCCACGAGCGCUGAUAGCGGUGCAGCACUUCAGCGUAUUACAAAGACUGUGUUUUUAAAUUACUGGAUGCGCGAGAUGGCUCCAUGUGAUAGCGUGGAGCGCUUUUUUAGAGUAGUAAAGCAACCGAAGAACGACUUCAUAGAGAGAGACGACUUCGCGCCUUUCUUGCAUGAAUUGCUGAAGUACCAUCCUGGCUUAGAGUUUCUUGGGAGCACUCCCGAAUUUCAGGAGAAAUACGCCUUGACCGUCGUCGUGCGGAUAUAUUACUCAGUUGAUAGAGACAGUAGCGGCCGAAUCACGAUGCGAAAACUGCGGCGUAGCAACCUCAUCAGUGCGUUCAACACUGUGGAUGAGGAAGAAGACAUCAAUAAGGUGAAUUCGUAUUUCUCGUACGAGCACUUCUACGUGCUGUAUUGCAAAUUCUGGGAACUGGACACGGACCACGACUUCCUCCUCAACCUCGACGACCUCGUACGGUAUGGCGGCCACGCCCUUACACGUAUCAUUGUGGACCGCAUCUUCGAACGCGGACGGCGUCCAUUUGCUCGUGUCCAGACGCUGACUGCGGAAGAGAAGAAGAAGAUGAGCUACGAGGACUUUAUUUACUUUAUGCUGUCGGAGGAAGACAAGUCGAAUCCUGUCAGCAUUAGGUAUUGGUUUGAGCUCAUCGACACGAACGAGGACGGCGUGUUGCGUGCCGACGAGAUGCGCGUGUUCUACCGCCACCAGAUCCACCGCAUGGAGUGCCUCGGCCAUGAAGUGGUGCCGUUCGAGGACAUCCUCUGUCAAAUGUCGGACUUGUUGCAUCCGAGGAAAGAGGGCGAGUUCUACCACGCGGACUUUGUCCGUCCAGACAAGAUCCGCGUCUCGGGUGUGUUUUUCAACGUGCUGUUCAACCUCAGCAAGUUCAUCGAGUUCGAGCAGCGAGACCCGUUUCUCCUUCGUCAGCAGAUUGCCGAACCAGAGCUCACGGACUGGGACCGCUAUGCUCGCGCCGAGUACGCCCGACUGGCGAUGGAAGAAGAGAGUCGCGACGAAGACACUGCGAUGGACAUUGACACUAUGGACGGCUGGUACGUGUCGGACGACCAGGAGGACGAAGAGGGCCGCAAUGCGAGCGCGGACGGCGCUACGGGCAGCAGCGACGGCCGAACGGUUGAAGCUCCUUUCUAA